AUGUUCAGUUGGAUUUAUUCCUCAGAUUGUGUUUUCUCCUCCUUCACCUUCAACUCUGUCUCUCGCCCGCAGGUAAAACCAAUGGCGGGAAAAGGAGGGAAGGGACUUCUUGCAGCGAAAACCACGGCGGCCAGCAAGGAUAAAGACAAAGAUAAAGACAAGAAACGACCUAUUUCUCGCUCAUCUCGUGCAGGAAUCCAGUUUCCUGUCGGUCGUAUCCAUAGACAGCUGAAACAAAGGGUCCAGGCCAAUGGACGUGUUGGGGCUACUGCUGCUGUAUACUUGGCCUCAAUUCUUGAGUAUCUGACUGCUGAGGUUCUUGAACUGGCUGGGAAUGCAAGUAAGGAUCUUAAGGUGAAGAGGAUAACACCAAGGCAUUUGCAGCUGGCUAUCAGGGGAGAUGAGGAGCUGGACACCCUUAUCAAAGGGACCAUCGCUGGUGGUGGUGUCAUUCCUCACAUUCACAAGUCCUUGAUCAACAAAACCGCAAAGGAGUAA